AUGGCUGCCAUGGUUGGAGCGCGCAGGGCGCUCUUAGCCGCCCGGUUCUCCCCUCGCGGCGCCAUCGCGGCGUCGGCCGCGCCAGCGCCCCUCUACCGGCGCGUGGAUUUGCCGCCCAGACUUCCAGCUGAAAGAGUUUGUCUGCAGUCUUGGGUUCCACAUCGAGGGGCUGGCAGUUUUGCAUCUGAAUGGACUGAUGAAGACUAUCAGCGCGAGUGGGGACAAAACAAAGCAGGUAGCUACGCUGACUCCCGUUCAAACGGCUCUAACAUCCAACUUCAGAGAGAUGUCCCUUCAGCUGGUUCCACAACAGGUAUUCACAAAAAUAGGGGUGUGGAUGUUGGUGGUAGUUCUGAGCAACAUUACAGAAGUGGUGGAUCAUAUGGAUUUCGAAACAGUCAUCAGCCGUAUACUGGUGCAAGAGCGAAUAAUGAGGCAUCUGGAUAUAAUGCAUUGCAACCUUACAGAGGUAGUGGUGCAUACAGCCAGCAAGGCCUUGAUGGGUAUUUUCCAAAUGAUCGUCAACAGUACAAUGGCACAGAAGCUAAUAGUACAUAUAGCUCUGGAUACAACUCCCAAAGUAACCAGAAGAUUUAUGAAGGAGAAGGAGCUAAUUAUGGGCAGUACGGAUAUGGUCCUUCAGGACAAGCAUGUCCAAACCCAAUUGGAAAUAACCAGCGAGUUCAGAAACAGCAAUAUGUUGAUCAUAGAUCUGGGGGAAGUUAUCCAGAUAGAUCGGGGAAUCAUCCCUCUCAGUAUGUAAAUCCAACUCAUUUCCAUAAGGAGCAUGUUGCAGGGUUUCAGCAAGGCAACAAUAGUAAUUUUGGAUAUAAUGCUUCGCAGGCGUAUCAAAGCCCUCAUUUCACUUCGCAGGCUGAUACACAUGGUACUCCUCAAGGAUAUUCCAUGUACCUAAAUGCAGAUGCACAACGCCUCUCUCAUGGAGUUCAUCAAGAAAAACAUUCACAUGCGCAAUCUGCUGGAUCAUUUGGGAACCACUUAAACAGUGCACCUCAUGAAGAUGACAAAUAUCACCAGUCGCUACAGGGCAACCCUUCAAAUGUUGGAUCGCCUUAUGAAUUACCUAAAGCCGGCGGCAAACACAAAGGUACUGUUGAAGAACUGGAGAAGUUUUGUGAAGAUGGCAAUGUAAAAGAAGCUUUGGAAGUUCUGGCUAUGCUAAAGGAAAACAGAAUUGUGUUACAUGCUCCUCAUUACUUCAGAUUGAUGCAAGCAUGUGGUGAUGCAACUGCGCUCUCAGAAGCAAGAUUAAUACAUAGUCAAAUUUCUGAAUCAUCACUUCUUGUUGAUACAGAUUUUCAAAACAAAAUUCUAAAGAUGUAUGCUAAGUGUGGUUCAAUGGAAGAUGCAAAAAAGCUUUUCAGUUCUAUGGAUCAUCAUAAUUUGACUUCUUGGAACACUAUGAUCUCAGGUUUUGUGCAUAAUACCCUUGGUGAAGAAGCAAUAGAUUUUUUCGAUCGGUUUAAGCAGACAGGGGGUAAGCCAGAUCUUGGCAUGUUCAGACAUGUUUUCCUGGCCUGUGGAAUUUUGGGAUCUGUUAAUGAAGGAAUGUUGCAUUUUGAAUCCAUGCAGAAAGAUUUUGGCAUACAUCCCACUAUGGAACAUUAUGCAAGCAUUAUUAGUAUGCUUGGACAGUCUGGCUACAUUGCUGAAGCCUAUGAAUUUGUGGAACAGAUGCCUGUGGAACCAAGCAUUGAGGUAUGGGAAAAUUUGAUGAACAUGUGUCGACUUAAUGGCUUUUUAGAGCUUGGAGAUCGUUGCGCUCAAAUCAUAGAGCGCUUGGAUUCUUCUAGGCUGAAUGAACAGUCUAAAAUGGGUCUUUUCCCUGUCAAUGCUUCAGACCUUGCAAAGGAAAAGGAAAGGAAAAAGGCAAGUGUUGCUGAAGCUCGGAGCAAGGUCCAUGAAUACAGAGCUGGAGACCGAUCCCACCCUGACACUCCUAAGAUCUAUGAAGAGCUGAGGUACUUGUUGGCUCACAUGAAAGAAGCUGGGUAUAUUGCUGACACUCGAUUUGUUCUUCAUGAUGUUGAUCAAGAAACCAAAGAGGAUGCUUUACUUGCUCACAGUGAGAGGCUGGCUAUCAGUUACGGUCUUAUAACAAGUGCUCCCCGUUCGCCUAUUAGAGUUAUAAAGAAUCUUCGGUCAUGUGGAGACUGUCACACGGCUUUCAAGAUAAUCUCGAAACUUGUCGGCCGUCAGAUCAUUGCAAGGGAUGCAAAGAGGUUCCACCACUUUGAAAAUGGUGUGUGCUCUUGCAAAGACUACUGGUAA